UACAAAAAGUGAUUAUUAUAUCGUCUAGUUUGCCAUAUCAAAGUUAUUCCAAUCUUGCUUUCUUGCCUCAAAAAAAAAUCUUGCUUUCACUGUUACUGAAUUGAUUUUCCGUCCUAACGAUCACCAAACAUAUGAACAAAUCAAAGUAUUUGUUGUGUAUACUAAAUAAGUCCUCACACAACACACCAACAAAAAUACUCCAAACCAUCUAAUAAAAUUAUUGCAAUGGCAGAGGCUGUGGUCUCCUUUGCUCUGCAAGAAAUCCGCAAUUUGCUGGUGGAGGAAGGAAAGCUGCUAUCUGGCAUGGGUGGUGAAGUGAAGGCGCUUGAGAAGCAGCUGAAAGAGAUGAAGUAUCUCCUCGAAGAUGCUGACAGAAGACGACAUGAAAGCAAAACCAUUGGCAAUUGGAUUGCAGAGAUCAGAGAUCUUGUAUACAAGGCUGAAGCUGCCAUUGAAAUACAUGCUGCUCGAGUGUCUUCAAGGAGAAGACAAGGCCUGAAAAAGCUCCUCGGCAAAUACACUUGUAUCCUCAAAGAAUGCUACUCACUCCACCAACUAGCCACUGAGGUGUCAGGUAUUAAAUCCGAGCUUGCAAGGAUAGAUAAGGACAUGCAAGAAAAUGGCAUAAAGAGGAGCAUCAUCAAUGCAACGGAACGCUCGACCACUAGCGACAAUCAAAACUGGACAAGGAAAACCUUCCCCAAUUUUGAGAUUGACGACUGUUUUGUUGGGAAGCAGGAUGAUGUGAAGCAGAUCAUUUCCCUCGUGGUCGAUGACAAAGAGCAUCGAGUUAUUUCAGUAUGGGGGAUGGGUGGUAUAGGCAAGACCACCAUUGUCAAAAGGGUCUACAACCAAAUAGUUGAGACCAAAAAAGGUUGCUUUGAAUCUUUUGCAUGGGUUUGCAUUACUCAACAAUGUCGGGUUCGAUCAACUUUGGAGGAUGUGCUCAAACAACUAAUCCCACAAAUAAAUGAGGAGAUUUUGAGUCUGAGCAGCAUGCAGCAGCUCUCACAAAAAGGGGAGGACCUUUCGAGUGUGAGUGACACGGAGUUGAUCAAGCGACUAUGCCAGGUACAAAGAUCUAAGAAAUGCCUAAUUGUUCUCGACGAUCUUUGGGAAACUUCUCAAUGGGAAGGCUUAAAGCAUGCUUUCCACGUCCAAGAUUUGCAAAGCAAAAUCCUGGUGACCACACGCCAAAAAGAUGUAGCAGAGAUUGGAUUUUCAGUUGAACUUGGGCUUCUCAAUAUGAAGGAUGCACGGGAAUUACUCAAGAAGAAAGCUUUUCCCCACGGCAGGAGUCCUGAGUUUGCAUUCGAAGAAAAAGCAUUAGACAGGAUUGGGAAGGAAAUGGUACAGAAAUGUGGCUAUUUGCCAUUAGCAAUUUCCUUACUUGGUGGGGUCUUGAGAAAGAAAAGUUCUAUCAGGGAUUGGGAAUUAGUAAAUGAUAAUAUCAAUACAUUUAUAUAUAGAGGUGAAGGCCACGAUGGAAGGGACAGUGAAAUUGAUGCAGUGCUAAAUUUAAGCUAUGAAAAUCUACCUUAUUAUUUGAAGCCGUGCUUUCUCUAUAUGGGUGUAUUCAAAGAGGACGAAAGCAUAUAUGUUGAUCAUCUAUAUCUGAUGUGGAUAGCACAAGGCAUGGUUUCAAAUGAGAAUAUUCGAGGAAGGGAUGAAACUUUAAUGGACAUUGCCGAGCUCUACUUAAGUGAGUUGGCCUCUAGGUCCAUCGUCCAAGUUGAAAUUGAUGAUCUUAUACCUUCAAGAAAAUAUCGGAGAUGCAAACUUCAUGAUGUAGUACGGGCACUAUGUUUGAAAAUGGGGGAAAAGGAGGACUUUGGUGUGCAAAUUUUGGAGUAUCAAGGUAGGAAAUUUAGUACCUUACCACCAGGAGUGUUGUUGCACACUAAAAUACGACAUUUGGUUAUCCAUUUCAAAGAAGAAGUUGAACUGGAACAUGAGGGGCUUACAAUCACUAGUGCAGAAGAUACCAGCAAACAUUUAAGAUCUUUUCGAAUGAUCAUUCAUGAAGAUUUGGGUAUUUUUGAAUUUCCUCCUCAAAGUAUAGUUAAUUUUCAGAAAUUCAAAUUGCUCAGAGAUCUAGUUAUUGAGAGGUUCAGAUUUGUAGGGAGAAAGUUGCCUAGAGAAAUCACAAAUCUUGUUCACCUUAGAAGUUUGCGUUUACAAAGAUGUGAACUCGAUAAGCUACCAUCUUCCAUAAGAAAUUUCGUCUACUUAGAUACUCUUGAUUUAUUUGGUUCAUCGAAUGUUCGAGUUCCCAAUGUGUUGAACAAGUUGUUCCGAUUGAAACACUUGGUCCUUCCUGAUUAUGAUAAGGAAACAAUUGGAAAUUAUCGAUUGAGAUUGGAUGAGGGUGUAGAUGAGUUGGAGAGUUUGAUGGGGUUAGAUAGUUCUGUGCAUGAAUUAAAACGUAUUACUAGAAUGAAGAAUCUGCGACGUUUUUCAGCAGAAAUUCACGACAAUGAAAGCUUGUCAGCUAUUGUCAACGCCAUUGCUACAAACUGGAACAAGUUACAGUAUUGUGCAGUUGAGAUUAAAGAUGGUUGCCAGGUAACAAGUGAGGAAGGGCUGAUGAUCUUGAAGCAAUUAUUCACGUGUCCCAUUCUUAAUUACUUGGGAAUUUCUAUUGAGUUGGGGGAGCUACCAGUGAGUAGCGACUUCAUUAGCUCAAAACUUGCUACGUUGAGCUUGUCUUUUUGUGAAAUUGAGGAUGAUCCUAUGGGAAUACUGGGAAGGCUUCCUUGCUUAGUUGAAUUGUAUUUAAGGCAGAGAUCAUUUGUUGGGGAGGAGAUGAGGUGCCCUGCAUUCAGUUUUCCUCGCCUCAAGAGUCUUGUAUUAGAUCGUUUACCAAGGUUGAGGGAGUGGAGAGUGGAGCAAGGAGCCAUGCCACUUCUUUUUGGAAUACAUAUCCAAUGUUGCCCUCAUCUCGAGAUGGUUCCAGAUGGAUUGAGUUGCAUUUCUACUCUGGAAAUAGUCAUAAUUUCAGAAAUGCCGGAGUUGGGGAAAAGGGUUUCGGCAUCAGGAGACGAUUUUUACAAAAUCCGCCAUGUCCCUUCAAUUGUCAUCCAUGAUUAGCAUCCACUCAGGUAAAGCUUGCACCACUAUCAUUCUCAAAAUUUCCAAUCCAUAUUAAUUUGAUUUUAAGUUUUAGUCAACAAAUAUUAAUUUAGGUUGGUUAUUUUCCGUAUAAAGAUUUGACUGUGGUUUGGAAGUGGUACACAAGGUUUGCUCCUAGCACCUAUAACUGAAUGUUUGUUUCCUCGAGUGGAUAUGUACUUUGGUAAGGUUUUAAUAAUGCUCGGCGGCUCAUUGUGAGAUUGUUGUAGAUUUUGUUUCUUCCCUUUGAGUUAUAGUCAUGUCUGUAGCGUUCCUCUCUAUACGAUCUUAUUUCACUGAUUACAGCUAUUAAGAACAUGAUUGGGUUUUCUUCUUCAU